UUGCUUGCGGAACGCACGCUUGUUGUCGGCGGGAAGAUCACGACUUGCAGCAAUUUAGGUCAAACGUACAAAAGCCGCUUGUCAAGAUUAAGUAAUCUUUUUGUUCAACAAGAUUUCUGCCUGUGUCAAUAAUAAUCUGCAACCAUGUAUAAAUUAACGGGAGGAGCGUUGGAUAAAAUCAUGAACGGCAUUGACAUUGAGAAACCAGUGCUUCAAAUAUUGGGUUAUAAGAAGCUACCAAGCAAUACUAAUAAACCGCCAACUGAUCGGUACAGAUUACUCAUUUCUGAUGGACAAAGAAUGAAUUCAUUCACAAUGUUGGCUACUCAGUUGAAUCAUUUAAUAACUGACAAUACUUUGUCUGAAUAUGCAGUUUGUGAAAUAUCAAAAUAUGCUUUGAGUUCAGUAAAUAAUGGUGGCAAGGAAAAACGUGUAAUGCUGGUACUGGGCAUCGAGCUGAUAGCUCCUGGCGAGGAAGUUAAAUGCAAAAUAGGCAACCCAACCAAUGUAGAGGCAAAACCGGAGCCAGGAAAUUCAAACCAACCUCACUCAUCCACAGCUGCGCAUCAAAAUGGUGCAGCCAAACAGGAAAAGAAAGUUUCAAAUUAUAAUAGCUCUUCUGAUAUAGCCACUACACCAAUUGCAGCAUUAAGUCCUUAUCAAAACAGAUGGGUGAUCAAAGCACGUGUGACACAUAAACCUCCGAUCAGAACAUGGAGCAAUUCUCGUGGAGAAGGCAAAUUGUUUUCUAUCGAUUUGAUUGAUGAUAGUGGCGAAAUUCGGUGCACUGCGUUCAGAGAUAUGUGUGAUAAGUUCUACGAUAUGAUAGAGGUUGGAAACGUGUACUAUUUCUCACGAUGCAUGUUAAAGGCAGCAAAUAAACAAUUCAACAAUUUGAAAAAUGAUUUUGAGAUGACAAUGACUAAUGAUACAGAGAUUAUCCCAUGCCAUGACAACAAUGACGACAUCCCGGGAAUGCAGUUCGACUUUGUUCCCAUAAGUCGAGUGGAACAAAAGGAGAAAAAUGAUAUAAUAGAUGUGAUGGGUGUUGUUACAACGUUCAGCGACGUGCAACAUCUUCAACAGCGAAGUACUGGCAGAGAUCUCACGAAGAGAGACGUCAACAUUGUCGAUGACAGUGGUGUAACGGUGUGCGUCACACUGUGGGGAAAACAAGCUGAAGACUUCGACGGUUCUAACAAUCCGAUUUUGGCUAUUAAGCAAGCGCGCGUUAGCGAAUUCAAUGGUGGGAAAAGUUUGACUAUUUUUAAUACAUCCGUAGUCACGAAGGAUCCAGAUCUACCAGAAGCACAUAAAUUGCGCGGAUGGUAUGCCGCAGGUGGUCACGCGGAGACUCCCAAAUCAUUGUCUAGACAAGGUGGCGGUGGUGAUUUCAACGCGCCAUUGCACACCUUCCAGGAGGUGAGCGACGCGCGAUUGGGUGAUAAAUUGAAUGCCGCAGAUCCAUAUACAGUUGUGGCAACUAUUAACCUGAUUCGAGUGGAAAAUUCCGUUUACAAGGCCUGCCCUGUAGAUGGUUGCAAGAAAAAGUUGAUUGAUCAAUCUACCGGAGUAUUCAGAUGCGAGAAAUGUAAUAAGGAUUUUCCGAAUUUUUCAUAUCGCUUAAUAGCAAGUAUGAAUAUAGCGGAUGCGACAGGCAGUCGCUGGAUAACUGCCUUCAACGAUGAUGCCGAGAAGAUAUUGGGAAUGUCGGCACAAGAAUUGGGAGAACUGAAGGAAAACGAUAAUGACGCCUAUAUGCAGAAAUUCGGCGAGGCGAGCUUCAAGAGAUUUACGUUUAGCAUGAGGGCGAAAUCGGAAGUUUUUCAGGAUGAAAUGAGAGUGAAACACAACUGCGUGUCAGUCGCUCCAUUAAAUUACAAAACUCAUCUGACAUAUUUGAUAGACAAGGUUUCCAAGCUGGCGCACAUUGAAAAAGUCGAUUCCAAUUAGAUAAGAUAUGAUAUAUCUCGAUAAAAAGAUAUUUUUGUUUAAAGUUUACAUGUAGCGUGCGAUAGUUUUGCAGUAUUGCGAUCACUUCUGUAUUUUUCCAAUUUUUUCGUUAUAUUAUUAUAUUAAAAUUGAAAUUGUCAAAACAGUGUUUUCUAAUGUAAAAAAUGAAACCUAUAUAUAC